UUCUCUUCUUCGAAACUUGUUCGGCACAUGCGUUCUACUGCCUCUGACACAAACUCCUAUAAAUCUCAGAAAACCAUCAACUUUUAUUGUUGUUUUUUUGUCCUAAAAUAUAGAAAACACCCGUCUUGUCUUUUUUUGCGGUUAAAUUUGUUUCUCCGGUGACUGAUCAUCGCCGGAUUGUUGCCCUGACUGAGCAAUGGGAGAGGAAUAUUUACAGCAGUUCCUGGAUGAGACCACUUGGUACAACAGCAUUGUGUUGGAAUAUCUUUUGCCCACCAAACUGUGGAGCCCACUCCCCCAUUUCUUUCAAAGUUGGCUGCGUAACUACAUUGCCGGGACUUUGCUUUACUUCAUCUCUAGUUUCCUCUGGUGCUUCUAUAUUUACUACUUGAAGCGCAAUGUUUAUGUUCCCAAUGAUGCUAUCCCUACAAAUAAAGCCAUCCUUUUGCAAAUUUAUGUUGCUAUGAAGGCCAUGCCAUGGUACUGUGCUCUUCCAAGUUUUUCUGAAUACAUGGUUGAAAAUGGCUGGACAAAAUGUUAUGCUAGAAUAAGCGACGUUGGUUGGCUUCCCUAUGUAGUAUAUUUAUUUAUUUAUCUUGUGGUGGUGGAGUUUGGUAUUUACUGGAUGCAUAGGGAGUUGCAUGAUAUAAAACCUCUAUACAAGUAUCUUCAUGCAACCCAUCACAUCUACAACAAGCAGAAUACCCUUUCUCCAUUUGCUGGUUUGGCUUUUCACCCUCUGGAUGGAAUACUGCAGGCAGUACCUCAUGUUACAGCACUCUACAUUGUUCCAACUCAUUUUACAACUCAUAUUGGACUCUUAUUCCUUGAGGCCAUCUGGACGGCAAACAUUCAUGAUUGCAUCCAUGGCAAAAUAUGGCCUGUGAUGGGUGCUGGCUACCACACCAUUCACCACACUACAUAUCGCCAUAAUUAUGGCCAUUACACCAUUUGGAUGGAUUGGAUGCAUGGAACCCUACGUGACCCUAUUGAUGAUGCAGUCAAGAAGGUGAUGUAAUUGUCUUUGUGCUCAUCUUCACAUUUCCUGGUUUUCUUUUAGAAGUUUUCCUUUUUUUUUUUGUUUUUUUAGUUUGUUGUUUUUCUCCUAGUUGGAGAUAUGUUAUCCUACAAAAGUGUGCUUUGGCAAUGCAUCUUUCAUCUAUGUUGCAUCUCUCACAACAUUUGAGUUAAAAUGUUUUCCAUGGAAGUCACAAGUAUUUACUUGAAUGGACAGGUCAAUUAGGAAAAAUAUGCUUGUGGAGUUCAAAAAUUCUAUUGCCUGUGCACAUAAAUGGAUGGGUGAGGUGAUUUGAUUGGAUAUUUUGUAAAUAUUUGAAGGCCUUGUCAAUUUGGUAGACUUUUUCAUUUAUUGGCUCUCAGUCAUCAUGGAUGAUCACCUUUGUCC